AUGGGCUGGACGGGUCGGCUGCUGUGCCUCCUGGGCGCGAGGUUCCCCGACACAGAGCUUGAGAGGCGGUACCGCAAGUUCCGGAUAACGCACUACUUCCUCAGGGACGAUGGCUUCCAGGCGGCUGUGCGGGCCUCGGGGAUCUGCGCCCUGGGGGUGAGUGGGCUGGUCAGGUCCGGGCCCACGGCCGGCACGGCGGUCAUCUUCGUCAUGAUAAUCGCGCCGGCGGUGCAGCUGGCGAUGCGCUCGCUGGCCGACCGGCGGGGCCGCACGGAGGCCGCCCUGGCCUCCUACCUGCGCCAGCGCUGCGCCUGGGCGGCGGUCGCCCGCACGCUGCUGUGCCCCCUGGUUGUCUGCACCUACUUCCUGGAGUUCUUCCGGCACUCGCCGGGGUCGCCGACGACCUUGUUCCGGCUUGGCGCCUACGCCCUCUACAGCACCGGCGCCAUCGUCCUGUUCGGGACAUGCCUGAGCUACCCCGUCCUGCUGGAGCACCACCUCGCGAUCCAGCCCCUGUCGGUGCUCAUGCUCGCCUACUGGCGGGGUGGGCCCUUCUGCCGGGAGGCCCUGGCGGACGACAGCGGCCCUGAGCACAUGCUCGCCGCCUGGCGCGCCCUCGAAGCCGGCUCUCGUCAAGUCCUGGCAGCGAUGUACAUGGGGGAAGUGCCAGCGGGGCCCGAGCCCGAUCCCCUGCCCGCCUGCUUGCACGUGGCGCUGGCGCUGCACGUGUGCGUGGGGCUGGCCGCGGCGACCUAUGUCGCGUGGCUGGCGGAGCAUGCGUCGAGGGUGCACUUCCUGACGGCCUCUUGGAGAGUGGAACGGAUGGGCUGGGAGCCCCUGGGAGGGUGGGCGAUUCUUUCGCAGCUCGUCAUGGGCGCGGGGUGCCUGGCGGUGGCCUGGCCGGCGCUGGGGAUGCUGGUGCUCGAUCCGGGGGGGUGGGAUGGCGGGGAGGCAGCUUGUGACGCUACUUGA